CAAGUACAAUAAUCAACUCUAAGUUUAACCAAGUCUUUACUACUCAGAUAUGGCUUCAAAUAUUGCCAUUUUAGUUAUCGUCAUUACGCUUCUAUUGCAAGGUGGUGAAGCACAACUCACUACAAAUUUCUACUCAACCUCUUGCCCCAAUCUUCUCUCCACCGUUAAAUCAGGCGUUAAAUCUGCCGUUAGCAGCCAGCCUCGAAUGGGUGCAUCUAUCCUUCGUCUUUUCUUCCACGAUUGCUUCGUCAACGGAUGCGACGGUUCUAUUCUACUAGACGACACAUCAAGCUUUACGGGAGAACAAAACGCGGGCCCUAACCGCAACUCGGCUCGUGGGUUUAAUGUGAUCGACAACAUCAAAUCAGCGGUUGAAAAAGCAUGUCCCGGGGUUGUGUCUUGUGCUGAUAUCUUAGCCAUUGCAGCUAGAGACUCCGUCGUACAACUUGGAGGGCCGAACUGGAAUGUGAAAGUAGGAAGAAGAGAUGCAAAAACGGCGAGUCAAGCAGCGGCGAAUAGUAAUAUUCCGGCACCGAGUAUGAGUCUGAGCCAGCUUAUUAGUAGUUUCAGGGCCGUUGGACUCUCCACCAGAGAUAUGGUUGCUCUCUCUGGUGCGCACACUAUUGGUCAAUCCCGCUGCACGAACUUCCGAACGAGAAUCUACAACGAGACUAACAUCAACGCAGCCUUCGCCACCCUGCGUCAGAAAUCUUGCCCUAGAGCUGCCGGUUCUGGCGACGGAAACCUAGCUCCGCUUGACAUCAAGUCCCCUACUUCUUUCGACAACAGCUACUUCAAGAACCUAAUGGCUCAGAGAGGUCUACUCCAUUCAGACCAAGUGCUCUUCAACGGUGGCUCCACCGACUCCAUAGUCCGUGGUUACAGCAACAGUCCGUCGAGCUUCGACUCCGACUUCGCGGCGGCGAUGAUCAAGAUGGGUGAUAUUAGCCCCUUGACUGGUAGUAGCGGUGAGAUCAGGAAGGUCUGUGGGAAGAUUAACUGAGUAAUCUCUCCACGUGGCUUUUUAUGAGUGGUUUGUGAUAGAAUAAGACCUUUUAAUCUUCCUCCUUCCAAAAAUUAUUGAAGAUCCAUUUGAGUGUGUGUUUAAGUAUGUAUUACGUCAGGAAAAAAAGUAUGUAAUACGUCCACAUUAAUAUCUAAUGAAAUUCGCUAAGUAUUUUUUCUACGA